CCUUGCUGGACGGAGGCGACGCGCACCUACCAGGUUCUCGGAAAGUGGCCGGAGGCCCUCUGGAAGCAGCGGAAGGUCACGUCGGAGCAGUACGAGAAGUACCUGUACCUCAGUCGUGACGGGGUUCUGGCGCGGAAGAGGAACCUUGAUGCGGUCAAAGAGCAGGAGGCUUCCCUUGCUGAGGCCGCACUCAUUGAAGCCACGACACGCCGGGUGCGGGCCAAUGCUGCUCUGUACCGGCCCUUCCCUCCUGUGGCUGCUGCACAAGCCUGGCUGGCCCUGUUCCUGCAGGACCGUCUACGCUACCCUCUACUCGUGGUCCGGGGUGCUUCCCACACUGGCAAGACGGAGUGGGUGAAGUCACUCUUCAAGAACGCUCUGGAACUCAAGGUCGGGUCCUUACAGGUGUUCCCGGAAGCUAUGCGAGGCUUUGAGCGAGACACACACGACGGCAUCAUCCUCGACGAUGUCCGUGACAUGGCAUUCCUUGCAGACCAUCAGGACAAACUGCAGGGGAAGUAUGACAGUCGUGUGGAGUUUGCCACAACGCCGGGAGGCACGUGUGCCUUCAGGAAGUACCUCUUUGCCAUACCCAUUGCUGUGACUGUGAACUACAGUACAGCAAACCUUCACUACCUCGACAGCCAUGACUGGCUCGGGCAUGAGGGCAAUCGGGUGCUCGUCAACUUCCCUGAGGUUCUUUCUGACGGCGCCGUGCAGCUCGCAGCCGUUGUAGCCUCGAUCAUGCCCCUUGUUAGCGACGUCCGGCAUCCGCAGUCGUUGGAUUUUGCGAACGAACGCAAGACCCUACUCCUGCGUGAUGUCCAUGGCUUGUCCUGGGCGGCCAUCCAGAAGCAGGUUGUCAACCUACGCGGAGAGACCCCGAGUGUACGCCUACUGCAACGUCUACACCAGGACGUGAACCGGGACUUAGGGCGUCGGGUCUACAAGUACAGCAACUGCGGCCGCAAAGCCACGAAGGCCACAGCUGCUGUGCAGAAGUACCUCGUCGGCCGUUUGUUGGUGUUGCGAAAGCGCACCACGUGCACAGCAGCAACGCUUCGGCGGGAACUCGUGGCCAACAAGGGUGUGGACUUGGACGAGUCCACGAUCCGCAAGAUUCUCCGCGAUCAUGGGUACAAGUGGCUUCCCCGCGCGCAGAAGCGGAAGUACAGUGCAGCAAGGAAGAAGGAACGACUGAAGUUUGCAAAAGCAGUGCUGCGCCUGACAAAGGCAAAGCUACGCGAGAAGCUCUCCAUGGCCAUGGAUGGUGUCAUUCUUUCCUUGCCGCCGCGAGAUGCAACGGAGCGGGCGAACUACUGUGCCCACGGAGACACACACAUGUGGAGACUUCCUGGUGAGGCCGCUUCCGAGCAGCUGGCAGGCCAGGAUCCCUAUCCGUACCAGAUACCCGCCGACCGGGUCGUGCCGCUGUGGGGAGGACUGUCGGAAGGUGGCUUCGCACUUGUCACGUUUCACCAUGCGCGCAAGCUCACCUCUGCAGAGUGGUGUCGCGAGGUGAGACGUGGCAAGUUGGCGAAGGCCAUACAGUCCCUUUCACCCGUUCGACCUGCUGGGCCCUGGACAGUCCUGUGCGACAACGAGGCUUUCUUGCACACGGCAGCCAGCAAGCGGGCCAUGGCCGCGGCCGGCGUCCGCGCGUGGCGAGAUUGUGAGGACCUCCGAAGGAGGCGCCCUCCAAUCGGCAAGAUGGCCUUCAAGGUGGCCGUCAGCCGGGAGUCUGCUGACGCAGACAUCCAAAGGGCCUUCCGGAAGGACACACAGCGUCUCAACGCUGCGCGCGACGCGUGGUCGGCAGCGGCAGCGCAAGGCCCUGGGCGCGGUCGACCGCGUGCGGCCGCAGUCCCAGCAGCAGUGGCAGAGCCCGGGUCGGGACUUCGUGUCCGAUGCGAGGCCGUGCUGCUGACCUACCAAAGCUGGUCGCCGGAUGUGGCUCUGCCUGCAUGGGAACGCUUCGGCGUUUUUGUCCAUGCGAACCUGAGCUCCUGGAGUGUGAAGCAUUGGACCGCCACGAUGGAGUCGAACGCCUGCGGCUCACACCACCUGCACCUCAUGCUUCAGUUCCACAAGACACAGGACUGUCUGACCUCCCGCUUCAUCUUCGAAAGCACGCGGCCCAACGCCAGCUCCCAUGACUACCUGGGUGAGGGAGUGUGCAAGAAGAAGCUACAGCAGAGCAUUGACAGAGGCAUGUUUUACGUCUGGGCCAACAAA